AUGGCUAGAAGCAGUGAGGGGAGCAAUAUAGAGGUGGAAUUGGAAAAGGAAAAUUCAGAUUCUGACGACGUGCCUGCUGAUCCCAUCAGAAGAGAUCAGUGGAUGAGUAUGUUGCUUGAGGAUGAGGAAGAUGAUCUGGUUGGCGAUGAGUUGUGCGGCUUCCAGAACGAGUGGACCAGGGAACCGGAGGAGUUUGUAUCCCAGGUGAAGACACAGUACAACAGACUUCCAGGGUUGAAAAUAACAUUGCCCGAGUCGGUAACCCCUAGCGCAGUGUUCUCCCGUUUUUUCACCGAGGAGCUCUGGAUGCGACUUGUCACUGAGACGAACCAGUAUGCGGAGCAAACGCGCAGCGCGACCCCCAUGUCACCAAGCGGCAAGUGGUCUCCAGUUACCCUGGAAGAGAUGAAAUGCUUUAUUGGAUUGUGCCUUACCAUGGGGAUCCUGAAGCUACCUUCCAGGAGAGAUUAUUGGCGACAGAAAAAGUGGCUUUUUCAAGCAAGGUUACCCGAGGUCAUGGCAAGGGACUGGUUCACGAUGAUCUGGAGAUACCUCCACCUGCAAGAUAACACUGACACGAGUGUGGACCACUCAGACAAGCUGUGGAAGGUGAGGGGCUUCCUGGAGUACCUGACUAGGCGCUUUCAAGAGGUUUAUGAAGUGGAUGGCCAUGCCACUGUGGACGAGUCCAUGGUCAAGUUCAAGGGGAGACUGGCCUUCCGACAAUACCUCCCCCUGAAACCCAUCAAGUGGGGCAUCAAGAUGUGGGUGAUGGCAGAGAGCUCCACUGGCUACUGCACCAACUUCCAGGUCUACAGUGGACAUGAGGGGCCUGCAGAAAAAGGCCUUGCCCACCGUGUCGUCAUGGACCUCACAAGACCUUACUAUGGCUCACACCUGUCCGUUUAUAUGGACAAUUUUUACUCAGGUGUGGAGCUAUACGAGGAGAUGAAGCUGAAGGGCCUGGAUGCCUGUGGCACCAUUCGAGCCGGCAGAAAGGGACUCCCUCCCAAACCAUCUGUCCUACCAAAGCCUGAAUACCAGGUGGCCCAGAAGGACAACCUCACCUUCUGUGCGUGGCAGGACACCAAGGUCGUCAUGGUGCUCUCCAACCACCACGAUCCCACGGCGACAGGGAAGGUGCACAGAAGAAAGCACAUGAAGGGGGUAGACCUGCUCGACCAGAUGGUGGGCUACUACCUGUUCAACCACAGGUCCAAAAAGUGGUGGCGUCGAAUCUUCUUCUUCUCCCUGAUGGUCAGCUGCUACAACUCCUACGUGGUGGGAAGGAGUGCAGGUUGGAAGGCUGGAAGUGGAUACAAGGACUGGGUGGAGGACCUGGCCAUGGAGCUCGUCACGGACGUCCGUGUGAAGAGCGCAGCACAGCAUGCCUCUAGGCCAGCUGGAGCCGUCCAUAAUGUGCAGGUCAUCUUUGAGAAAAGGAAGGUCUGCUCAGUGUGCUCUCAGAAGCCUGGCCGUGCUGGUGCAACACUGUAUGGAUGCCGACAGUGCAAUGUGCCCCUGCACCCCAAGUGCCUCCCUGAACACCGCAACAGCUGCUUUGGCCUGGAGAUUUGA